AUAGUAUGAUUCAAAAAAGUAAUAAACCUUUCUUCAAUUAUUCUUCUUUUCUGUUUUCUAACAUGGUAUCGGAGCUAUAAGCUUCUGGUUCUUUUUUCUUAUCAUUGUUGUUGGGUUUUUUUUGGAGUUGGAUUUUCAAUUCCAUUCCAAAUUUGAAACUUUGUCGUUGGGAUCUCUUUUCCUACAGAUUGAAUUGUUUAUCCUCGAUUCUCAGGCCAUUUUUAAGGUAUUUUGUUGGUUUGUUAUUUCAAUCUUGGCAUCUAUUUCUUCAUAUGUUUAGAGUUUUUCAGUAUUGUGAGUUUACUGAUUUUAUGACGAGUUUUGAAAAGAUUGUAACUCAUCCUGCUACUGCUAUGGUUGCCAAAGAAGUGAUAGAACAAUAUAAUGUCAACCUUGAAUCCCUAAAACAAGUGAUAUUAAAUCUUUUUAAUGCUCUUAUUGCCCUAUCUAUUGCUCCGGGUACCAAACCUUGGUAUUUCGAUUCUGGUUAUUGUAACCAUAUGUCUUCAAUUACUGCUCAUUUCUCUUCAAUGUCACCUAAUAAUUCAUUUCUUGAUAUUUAUUCUGCUGAUGGUUCCCCUAUGAAUGACCCAUGGAUAAGACAACUUCUUGGAAUUGGUCGCAAGGUGGGGUGUUUGUUUGAGCUCAACUAUCUACAUAUUCCUGAUAAUAAAAUGGAUACACCAUCAUUUCCAAAUGAUCGAUUCAUCCAAAUCCUACUUUGUGCUAUUGAAUUAGAAUCUUUACAAAUUCCAUAUCAACAAAUCUUCCAAGCCUGUGCUGCUACUAACAUUUCUCCUCUCCAUUUGUGGCACUCACAACUCGGACAUACCUCAGUUGGUACAUCUGAUGAGCUCUACAAUGCCUCACCACAUGCUCCAACUAGUUCUGUAGAAGAUGAUCUGCCUACUGGUAAUACAUUAGAUAAUUUUGAGCCUUCUUCUAUUUCCUUGUCUAUAUCACCUGUUGAUUCUACAAAUGAGCUUGUUGUCCCAUCCUUGAGUCAUCUUACUCGGGAGUAUGGAAUCAACUAUGAGGAGACAUUUGCUUCAGUUGCUCGUCUUACAUCUGUGCGCAAUUUGCUUGCUAUCGUUGCUAUGUGGAGAUGGCAAUUGUUUCAGAUGGAUGUUCCACAUGAUAUAGCUUUGUUCAUUUGUAAGACUGCUCGAGGUAUGGUCCUUUUACUUCUUUAUGUUGAUGACAUGAUUAUUACUGGAGAUAAUGUUGCAGUGACCUCUUCAAAUGAUGGCUACCUGCUUUCUCAAGUAAAAUAUGCCUCCGAUUUUGUUUCUAAAGCUAAACUCAAUGAUGGUAAGAGUGUUUCUACACCUCUUGAACCUAAUGUCAAGCUUACACCUAUGGAUGGCUCUCCACUUUCUGAUCCUACUCAUUAUCGGCAAUUGGUUAGUAGUCUGGUUUAUCUUACUACGACAUGCCCUAAUAUAGCAUAUGCAGUUCACAUUGUUAGUCAAUUGAUGGCUGCUCUUCGCUCCACUCAUUAUGCGACAGUACUUCGCAUUAUUCGCUAUGUUAAGGGAACAUUAUUUCAUGGACUCCAUUUUUCUGCCAACUCCUCCCUUAUGCUUCACGCUUACUCUGAUGCUGAUCGGGCUGGUGAUCCUUCUGAUCGUAGAUCUACCACUGGUUACUAUCUUUUCCUUGGUAAUUCUCUUAUCUCGUGGCCAAGUAAGACACAAACUAUUCCAUCUCGCUCUAGUACUGAAGCUGGGUAUAGAGUUCUCGGGGAUACCACAUCAAAACUCCUUUCAUUGCGGUGGCUUCUUAAAGAUAUAGGCAUUCCUCAACCUUCUUCUACUGAUUUAUAUUGUGAUAAUCAAAGAGCUAUGCAAAUUGCUCAUAAUGAUGUCUUUCAUGAACGCACUAAACACAGUGAGAUUGAUUGUCACUUUAUUCGCCAUCAUGUUGCACAAGGAACUGUUCAUUUGAUUUUCAUUGGUUUCGCUGAUCAACUGGCAUAUCUCUUUACCAAGGCUCAUUUUCCUGAACGUUUUCUUCGAGAAUUAGAGAAGAAUUAAAAAAAAAAAAAUGCAAGAAACAGUUGUUCUUUAUGCGGCACCCGGCAUGGGACACAUAGUGUCCAUGGUGCAGCUAGGGAAGCUCAUCAUGCAACACGGCGGCCACCAAUUCUCCAUCACCAUCCUCCUAACUACCGGCUGGAUGGACACUCCUGGUGUCACCUCUUACAUCCAUUCCAUUUCUCAGUCUUACCCUUCCAUCUCCUUCCGCCGUUUCCCCCACGUC